AUGGGGUUGGGAACCACUGGCCUGAGGCAUACUGAUUGGACUAGACCUCAGUCCCUCAGUUCCACAGCCAAAGUCGUGCGCGCCAUGUUCCAAGGACCACCCCCUCCGGACGACCUAUCUAUCAUCGUCAGAAUAGAUAGACACAGCGUCAAGGCUUUCGUCCAGGGCGUGCCGGUAGACCUCAGCGGCAAGACGGACCUCAUGGACGCGAGCGGAAGCCGGCGAGCGUGGCGCCCCCACCCGCGAUCCGUGGGCGUCCUGGUGAUUCACCCGACGACCGCCCGGAUCCUCCGCCGCUACGUCCACCCGCCCCACGCCCGCGCCGCCUCUCUGCGGGCGUUCGUCGAGGCCCUGCAGCCGGGGAGGGUGGUGCUGAUGGUGGGCGUGGUGAGUUGUGAGUGA